GACUUGCUUAAAGAGCAAUCAAAGCCUGAUCGAACAUUUCGAAAGUAAAAUUUAGCUUCUUUUUAAAAUUCAAGAAGCCUUGAACCAUUUUGAAUAGAUUCAUGAUCAGAAUAGCAGGCGAGUGCGAGAAAAGAGAAGAAUGAAUUAAAGGUUAAUUAAAGAAGAAAGAGAGUUAAAAAGAUGGUAAGAGAGUUGUUAGAGAGGUGAGAGAAAAGAGAGAGGAAAAUCUGGUUACAGCCGAAAGCGAAUUCUGAAUAAAAAGCCAGUUCAUGAUCAAUUGGUGACUUCAUUCGAUCACUUGUUUCUCUUUAAGAUGGUCUUAACCAUUUAACAGAUUAUUCAAUUCGAUUGUUCCUUUUCCUUUUCAUCUUCCUUCUUUAACUCAUGAAAACUGUUUCCCUUUGCUCUAGAAGUUGAAAACAAUCUGAACUUCAGCGUCUCCGUACUUCUGCAGCUUUAAUAUUGACCAUUAGUGUACUCCUGAUCUGGUUUGGACUCUAGUAAAGAAAUCAAGAAAAUCAAGUUAUUGUGAUUAGUAAAAAUUAUAUUACACAGUGAAAUUAAUUGGAAAAUAGUUACAACUCGACAUUGAUAAUCGGCCCUAAAAUGGUUCAAAGUGAUGAGAAUGGGUCAACCGAUAGUAUUCAACAGGUCCGUGAAAUGUUUGCUGAUGAAGUUAAAAAUAAUGGUGAUCUGUAUGAUCCUAUCGACGUCGAAAGAGUUGCCACCGAUGAUUAUACAGUUGAAAGAUAUUUGAAACAUCAUAAAGGUGACUUGGAAAAAGGAUACAACAUGCUUGUAGAAGCCAUGAGAUGGAGGCGUUCAUUUGGAGUUAACCACAUCAAGAGAACUGAUUUUCCCAAAGAAUACUUUGAAACUGGAGAAGCUCACCUGUAUACCACCGAUCAAAAUGGUGUGUCCACUGUUUACUUGAGGGUAAAGCUUCACAAGAAAAUUAAUGAACUCAAUACAUUGAGUCAAAAAUUUCUUGUUUAUCUGUUUGAGAAAUGUGAACAAGAAGGACGGCAAUCUGGAAAAGGAUAUGGAUUGAUUUGGGAUUGUUAUGGAGGCAAUUUAUUCAAUGUUGAUUUGGAGCUUCUUCAAUUUUUAACAAAUAUUUGGAUCAACUAUUACCCAGGAGGAACCAAAUAUGUUUUACUCCAUGAAUUACCAUGGAUUUUACGAGCAAUUUACAGGUUAGCUCGAUCAUGGAUGCCAGAACAUUUACGUGAACAAAUUUGCUUCGCCUCUAAAGGUGACAUUGGGUCAUUUGUUGGUUCUCAAAGUUUACCUGAUUACCUUAACGGACAGUGCAAGACAAAUUACAAGAAAGCUCCGGUUGACUGUAAACCCAUGAAAGACUUCAUCAUUAAAGAAUCAAUUGAACCUGAAGGGGCGAAAAAAUUUCUUGACCAUUACAAGAAUUGGCUGGAGACACCAUUCAGGGUAUAAACUAAUUUAUAAAUUGGUUGAUUUGAGACGUUAAAGGUCAAAGAUAUAACCAAGAAACCAGAUACCAAAAGAGUUGCUAUUAGACACUGAAACCGAUGGUAUUUACAUGACACUCACACCUUUUCCUAUCCUAAUCAUUGUAACAAUGGCAAUCAAUUCUAUAAUUAAUAUUUUGAAUGCAGAUUCUCAUGAUAUAAAUAUUUUUAUAAGCUUCUAAUAUGUAUCUAUCUUUAAACAUACAUUUGAUAUGUCAUUUUGAACCAAUAAAAGACAUUAAUUACCCCCAAUA